GAACGCCAAUCUUUGUUAAUAAAACACAACUCAGGUGCACGUGGGUUCACCCAUGCCCCUGUUCUGUCGCGUUCCGUGGUUGAGUGGCAUACUUUGUGUCACAAACUGUGUCGACGUUUAGACAGAGAUGAGUACGUUUUCGUCAGAUAUGGAUCGUAAUGGACGAGGCUACAAAGAAAUGUAAAAGAUGUUUAGCCGCAUGCAAGUCCUUCAUUAAAACAUCACCGGAACCUAACACACUCAUUUUACAUGUUGAUGUGGACCUGCUUACUAAAAACAAGAAAAAUAACGACAAGAAAAAACUUUUAAGGAAAUUUGAACGUAACGUUUCAGCCAUAGGAAAUUCACGUGGUGGUGUGUUGUUGGUUCAUCUACAGGGCCAGUCAAAAGGUGAUUUGUUCCUCGGUUAUUUUGAUCAAGCAGUUGAUCAAAGUUUGAAAAAUGUACUUCCUGGGGCCGGAUGCCUCUUUACUGAUGCGUAUGCGAGAGAAUGGCUUCACAAGAAGGAUGCUUUCCAGAGCUUUUUUGACUUCGUGGUGGUGACUAUAUCUAACUCAAGAAGUGUAUUCACAGUUGAAUAUAAUACCAAAGUAACAUCUGAUCACCAAGUCGAAAGACCAACAGCUUCAAAUCUUUUGCACAUACUGUCCAAUUCAUCACAAAGCAAAGUGUCUGCUCCAGUGAUUAAAGGGAUUCCACACGACCUGCAAAGUUUGCAUGAACAUAGAAGUAUACAGCUGAAAGCAUUUUAUGGUCAGCAAUUUGAAGAUAAACCUGAAGAAUUGGCUAACUAUAUAUGGAAACAAUUGCGUUUUCAGGAAUAUAUGAGCUGCAUGUCGAAACUUGAGGAUGGUGGCUCAUAUUAUGUUGGCAUAGAGGAAGAAAGCAACACAAAUUCAUCAUCAAAACGCCCUGUCAUAAAAGGAUUUAAAUUGAAAUUUGACCAGGACAGAUUAAAGAAGUGUUUGUUGGACAAACUUAACACUGUUCUCAUUCUGGGAAGUGACGAAUCUGUCAGUAAAGGACAUGGUCUAAUAGCAGUAGGUUUUCAUGAUGUUGGAUAUUCGGGAAUAGUUUUAGAAAUUGCAGUUCGGUCUGUUGCUGGAAUUGUCUUUUAUGAAAGGGGGCCGGAAGCUUAUGAGACUGUUGAAGGUGGGAAAAAAGGAAUUACUCAAAUGCCGUUUGAUAAGUGGUUGGACAAAUUCACAAGUGCUGGAAUGUCUUAAACACGCACUUCAUGAUAUGAAUAAGUCGCAUUGAAAACGGAAUGGCAUCUGAUAAAGGUUCAAGUUUGAGCUCAUCAUAUCUCUCAUAUUCACCAGCAGGAGAUACUGUUUGGUCAACAACUGAUUUAGAGGAUACAAGCUCCUCUGCAAGAACAACGUCCAAAAACGAUAAUGAUGAAGAAAAUUAUUUCAAAGUGUUUCAGAUAAGCGAUCAAACAAGCUUCCUUUGUGGUGUGAACAGAGAUGUAUCAUAUGACGCAAUGAUAGAAGAUAUUUUCUCAAAGGUGGCAGGGAAUGAGUUGGUAAUUUACCCUCGAUCUUGUGACGAUUCUGAUGCAUCUGUGAGCCAUGUGAGAAAAAUACUUGUCUGCGAAGAUACAUUUUGGGAAGGUGCAUUUGUGUACACUGCAAAGUGUUUACUGAUAACACUUAACGCAGAUACAAGGAGUGAAAAAGCGAAAGUCCCCGAGUGCCUAGAAAGAGAUGUCUGCAUUUUCACAAAGGACUAUCCCCCAAUUGUAUUUAGUCUCGUGAGGGAUUCAAACAAACUGAGUAAAAGUGAGGAAUAUAAUAAACUGGUAGGAAGGAAAAUGACUUUUCUCCUUCGGAAUAAGUCAUGCGUUACUGUAAUGUCAGAAGUGCUGGAUCUAACAAAUGAAUCAAAGAUGAGAAUAGAAGAUAUGAAGCUGAAGUCACUUUUUGCCAUUAGAAGUUCGCUUGUGAUGGAUCAUGACAAACUGCGAGAUGCAGUUGAUAGCUUCCUCAGGUGUAUCGGUUUGUCGGAAACAUUCUGCUGCUUUCACAAAGACAGUACUGAGAGAAAGGAUGUGUUUCUUACACAAGAUGAAUUACUGUUCCUCAUGGAGUCGUUGGACGGAGUGAAAGAAAUCGGAAGACGUCAGGUGACAUCCUGGGCUCCAUUUUUGGCCUCAGAAGUUGCUGUUCGACUUGCCAAAACCAGUUCAACUCUCCUUGAACUGACACCUGCCCACCGUCGGAUAACUGACUUGGAAAGAUUGAUGGAAGGCAACCCAUUGCUGGACGUGGAACAAGGCAAUACAAAAGAAUGUGUUGAGAUGACGCGUGUCCAGCAUUAUGUCUCCGAGUGUUCCGGUGUGAAAAAUGACAGUCCAAGCACAAACUUGUGGAUCUUUGAAACAGAGUUAGCAGGUGAAAUGCGUGUAAGAAAAUCAACGCAAAUUGCGAUAUCACGACCGCAGUUAGUGAGAGCCACUCUUCCAAAAAUUCAAACGGGACCUUUGGUAAGAAGAUGGAUGGAUGAAAACAUUGAACAUCCCAGAGUGAUCUUUCCCAAGGAAUAUGGAAUCCCAUUAGAGCGUGACAGAAUACCCGUGAGGGUGUUUGCUCCUUAUUAUCCGGAGCUACAUACAAGACCACUAAAAUACCACUCAAGCAUGCUAAAAGAAACUAAAGAAAAGAGUGGAUAUCGUCGGCAAUUGCCAGCGUCGACUUUCGACAGACUGACAAAGAAAUGGCACGAGGAGAGGAAAAAUAAUUAAAUGUUCAAUUAAACAUGAAGUGACGACAUAUUACUUACAUCGUGGUGAGCAGUCCCAUUGCAAUCAUCUAAAACAGAUCCCCUUUGACUUGCCCCUGGCGUUGAUUGUAUAUUUGCAAUUGCAAUCAACUCGCAGUCACCGUUGGACGUUGUACUCAGUUAUAAACUGUAAUAAAUUGUGUGACAUUAGGCUAUAUCAGAGUAAAUUAGUUUGCCGUAGGUGUUUUGGUUGCAUAAACCUUACGAAACGGUUAAUUGUUUUUUCGAAAUAAAAAGAAAAUAAUCGAAGCAACGCGAAAAAAAUUGAGAUUUCGGGUGUUUUAGAUGAACUUUUAAAUAUUUGAGGUAACGAAAGAACUCGCUAUUUCGAGAAAAUAGUUGAAAUUAUGAGAAAAUAAUCGAGGUAACGAACUCGAAGUAACAUGGAAAAAAAUAAUUGUAAUAGCGAGAAAAAGUGUGGCACCAUUAGGCUUUCGUAAAUCUUAGCAGUGUUAAACGCAAGCAACAUAUGUUACUUGUUCACUUAUCUUUCUAUGUUUUCAGAUUUUUUUCUAAGAGUUUCAUUCAUCUAGCUUUUUAUUCCAGUGUCAUGUAAUCGUACCAAGGUGGAAGGAAAGUACAUGUAUCAUGCCAACAGAGCAGGGUCUAUUCACGCCUUGUGUGCGUCCCAUUUUAAUCUUUCAGAGACGUUCGUGCAGAUGUACCUUUGCAGUGAAGUAUUCAAAUAAACAGCUUCAAUGCGCCCGAGUAGCACGUAACUGAAGACGUUAAAUUGCCAAUUUGGCGCUGACCAUAUUGAAGGUUUAAUGGCGAAGUGACAGAAGGUGCUUCAGAGUCUCAAAAGCUGAAGUUCACCGUUUUCAGAUUGUUGUUGCGCGGUCAACGUUGGGAACACGACAUUGUUAUUGAAGUGUUCCACUAGAGGAUAAAUAUUAAUCCCAGCUAGUGAUAGUUUUUGAUUUGUUUUUGACUUUAUGGUGCUUUUCGCUCAUUAUGUUGUGCUUUUGAGUUAUGCAAGAAGCCUAUAUGAUGGAAAUUUAUUGUCAACAGAUGCACAUUUUACUGACCUGUAG